GUCACUCUCCCCCGGUAACAUGGCGGACCCACGCUUGAGGCAGAUUAAGAUCAAAACCGGUGUGGUGAAACGUCUUGCCAAAGAAAAAAUUAUGUACGAGAAAGAAGCCAAACAGCAGGAAGAAAAGAUCGAGCAAAUGAAAAGUGAGGGGGGAGAUGAAUAUAUCAUUAAGAAACAGACAGAGAUUUUACAGGAAUCCCGAAUGAUGAUCCCAGAUUGCCAUCGCAGAUUAGAGGCCGCGUAUGCCGACCUUACACAGCUUUUGGAGAAUGAAAAAGAAUUGGAAGAGAAAGAGGAAUACAAGGACGCACGUUCCAUGUUGGAUUCGGUGAAGUUAGAAGCAUGAGAACUUUUGGCCUCUUGUUUUUAUGCCUUGACACCAUUCCACAAUGAUAUAUAUAUGAAUAUUGGAAACCUUAAUUUUUCAGAUUUUGUUCACUAAGCUUAAAAUGGGAGGAUCUGCUAAAUUCCUCGUUCUGUAGUUGUAAUGAUCUAGGAAAUACAUUUCUUUAUCUUAUCAUC